UGGGAAUCGCACUCACUUUUUACAGUGCAAUGCAAUCAUAAUAUAAUAAAUAAUAACAUUCAUAAAUAUUAUGCGUGAUAUUCAUCUCGUAGUGAAACAACUUAUUAUAUAACUUAUGAUUUGCUAAUAGAGUGCAAGAAUGCAAUGAAUGCUUUCACUCGUACGCGCAUAAUAUGAGUCUCAAUAUUGUCUAAUUAAUGAUCACCACUACGACCACAACUGUUAGUGUGUGAACCGCCACCAAUAACACCCGUACCGCGGAAAAUAACAUAUGAAUAUUAAAUUAUUGACUUAUAAUCAGUUUAAUUGCAAUUUUCUCGCCUAAAGACGUCAAUAGACUAAUAGAUUGUGUUUCACUUUUACUUCAUACCACAGAAAUGAAUGAAUGAAUAUUGAAUGCCAUAAUAAUAAUAACAACAUAACAUAUAAUAUGAGUAUGGAGGAAUUAGAGAAUAUUCUAGACGCGAAUCCAGAAUUAUUGGACGAUUAUGUUGUAAAACACGUCGAUUUGGAUGUCAUAGAGAAUUGGCUGUUAAGAAAAACACAGAAUAAUCGCAAAAGAAGCUUAACUAAAGCCAGAGUUAAAUCAAACAAUCACCAUGAUAAGAGCAAAAUGCUGGAGGAGUUAGAGAAGUACCUGCACUAUAACGAGCCAAAUAAGAUAAACGUGUUGACACAACUGGCCUCUACGGUUGCCUUUGCUGUCAAUGCGAGCCAUUGGAAUGCCUUUAUCUACGAUACCAUCUCCAACGAAAUGAAGAGAGUGUCGGAGGAAACCCAACAAAUCCAUGUGAAUGGCUUUGGAGGAAAGGGAGAUAAAAAGCAAACUCUGGUUGAGUAUGUCUAUCGCACAAAGCGUACACUCGUUUGGAAAGUCGAUGACUAUGACAUACGGUUCAAAGAUGGGUCGCUGUAUAUGCCUAACAAUACUUAUUACGUGAUGGCCGUACCAAUACUGCAAAAGUCUGACAAAAGUGUUCUGGGUGUACUGGAAUUAUACAAAACCAAAGGCUCGGAACCAUUCAUCGAUGAGGACGAAGAGGAAUACGCAAAAACACUGGUGAGCGCCGACAGGACGUCACUAUUUCUGGUCGACUCCAAUGAUAAACAACUUUACGCACAUAUAUUUGAAGUGAAUGAUAAUAAGGAGAAUGGAGACGACCCCACAAUUACCAAAAAAGAGAUCCGAUUCCCGAUCGGCACCGGCAUAGCCGGCACUGUAGCCAAGACGGGAGAGGCGCUCAACAUUCCCGACGCAUAUGAAGACCAAAGAUUUAAUAGAGAUAUCGAUCAGUUGACUGGAUAUAAGACUAGAAACUUGUUGGCGAUGCCUAUAUUCAGCAAAAAUAAAGUUAUAGGUGUCGUACAAAUGCUUAACAAAAUGAAAGGAAACUUCAAUAAAGUAGACGAAGAAAACUUUAGUACAUUUGCAACGUAUUGCGGGCUGGCGUUAGAUCACGCCCGGCUCUACGAAAAGAUACGAAAGUCAGAGCAGAAGAAUAAGGUGGCGCUCGAGAUACUGUCCUAUCAUAACACUAGUAAUAGCGAGGAACUGGAGCGCACACGGGAGGACGUCAUCAAAUUCAAGACACCCCAGGUCUUAGACGCCUCUCCCGUCUUGGCUACAGUGCCGGCUAUGCCGGUGCCGAUCGGGAAUCGGAUCUCCUUUUUGGUAAUUGUGGGGUCGUCUCCAUUCUCCUGUCAAUAG